AUAAAUGCUGAUGCAUGAAUAUAACGAACUAUUAACUCAAGUUGAAAUUGCAGACUUGAUCAAUAGAAUGAACUAGGGCCUCAUUGAUUGUAUUAUGACUCAACUGAUAGCACUGAUCACUAUCACCAUAGAUAAAAAUCAUUUUUUUCACUGAAGUUCUGUACGUAGUCUAGGCCAUCAUGGAGUUUGCUAGCAUCAUAGAUACUAAUGCUAGCAAAAAUAUCAAUGCUGCUAGGUCGGUCAGGUCCGUGGUCAUUAACGCGAGGUCCGUACUUUAGUCUUUUCGGGUCCCUUGGUCGGGUCCAUAAAUUAGUUUGUAUCGGGUCCGUCGCUCGGUCCGUAAAUUAGUCUUUUCGGGUCCGUUGGUCCGGUCCGGUCCGCUUUUUAGGGACAACCCCACUUUAAAAGUGGGCAUGGCCAAAUCGGCGGCGCGCUUCGCGCGCCCUUUUCUCAGUGCUCAUAGCCUACCCCUUCCUUUUUUUCUCCCUACGCCCUUGAUAUCAUAUGUGUAAUAGACAACAGGAAAUAUUGUACAAACACUCAAUUUAUUAGCAGAAUGGCCCAUGGAUGUAACUAAUGUUUUAUCCAAUAAUAUAAUCCAGUCAUUCGAAGAAUUCAUACGGGUUCUAUUUAAACAGGAAAAUUUGACAGUGAUUAAAAUUGCUGAAGAAAGCAUUUUGUUUAGAGCAGAAAGAGUUGCAAGAGCUAAUUUUAAUGAAUUAACAAUAUCAGCCAGUGCUUUUAAUAUCGUACUAAAUUUUAGUACUUCUGACAAUUUGAGUUCUUUGGCAUCUAUUGCAAAAGUGAUUUUACCAAAGAACAUUAAACAUGUUACGAAGAGUGAGAACAUUGAUGUAGCAUCAACUUUAUACAAGAAAGCAAACUUCUUUCCAGUCCAUGAAGAAGUGAACUCUUCAUCAUCAGUAAUGACAGUGGUAGGUUCAGCUGUUAUCAGCCUAUAAUAGUUGGUGGGAUACCUGAUGGUACUGAACUGAUUGAUCCAGUUACAGCCAUUUUAGCAUUAAAUGAAGAAUUAAGGUUAUCAUGUGAUAAGUAUAUUUUAUAAACUAUUAUUCAUAGAAUGUUACAAAUCCUCGUUGUGCUUUCUGGAACUUUACUG